AUGGUUGGAAGGCAGUCGGUUCGUAUGGAUGACAGCACUGGUUCUGUGACAGUUAUGGAUGACAGUCCCGCAUCAAGUCCUAAUUCGAGCCCCAGUCCUGACACGCUCUCAACGGACACCCGGCGCGCAGAGGCCCUGUCCCGCUCUAGGGUGGUCCCGUCUACCGGCCUCGGUGGCAGAGGGAGACCCGCGGCAGCCAACGCAGCCCGCGAACGGAGUCGCGUCCAGACGCUCAGACACGCGUUCCUCGAACUACAGAGAACAUUGCCGUCGGUGCCACCGGACACCAAACUCUCCAAACUCGACGUCUUGAUAUUGGCAACCACAUACAUAGCGCAUUUAACUAGAACCUUGCAAGAGGAAGGGAUGGAGGAGGACAACACUAAACAAACUGAAGCUUUGAACUCACUUAAGGGAGAUGGUUAUUUACAUCCUGUGAAAAAAUGGCCAAUGCGUUCAAGAUUAUAUAUCGGUGCAACUGGCCAGUUCCUGAGUAACUCAAAUGAAAACCAAGGGGCAUCUUCAUCAUCUUCUCAAACAUAGAUCGUUUGCACAUAAGACUUUUGGAGGUAAUGCUAAAAAAUGAAGGUUAAAAAAUUAGAGUUGUUUUAGUA